AUGUUUGAAGAGGAGCUAAGUUUUCUGCGUAGGAUGACCAAGCGACAGCUUGCAAUGCAAAUCCUUAAUUUCGUAAUGAUAAUUUCAUCGGCAUUAAUGGUGUGGAAAGGGCUAGCAUUAUACACAAAUAGCGAAAGUCCAAUAGUUGUCGUUCUAAGUGGUAGUAUGGAACCGGCGUUUUAUCGUGGUGAUCUUUUGUUCCUUGGAAUGCCGAAUGAACCAGUGCAUGUUGGUGAUAUAGUGGUCUUUAAAAUUCCGGGAAGGGAUGUGCCGAUUGUCCAUCGCGUCAUAAAGUUACAUGAUGAACGCGAAACCGGUAAACAAUUCAUUCUGACAAAAGGAGACAAUAAUCAGGUUGAUGAUCGAGGACUAUACAAUCCUGGACAACUUUGGAUUCAUAAAGAAGAUAUUGUGGGAAAAGUUAGAGGAUUUUUGCCGCAUGUUGGAAUGGUCACAAUACUCAUGAAUGAUUAUCCGCAAUUAAAGUGGAUUUUAAUUGGAGGGUUGGGAUUAUGGGUAUUGGUUAAUCGAGAAUAA